AGCCCGACCCCUACGCCGGGCCAGGCGCUCCCGCUCUUGGCUGUCUCCCGCCGGCUGCUCGGCCUCUCUGCCCAGGUGCGCUCCGGGUCACCCCCAGACACUGCGGGCCGGCCCCUGCGGCCCACCAGGGCAGCUCUGAGGGGGAGGUAUGUGCGGGUGUCCGAGGAGGGUCCGGGGGAUCCGUGUCUGUGUCCUUGUCUCUGGCUCCUUUCCCUGCCCCCAAGUCCAGCUCGGGCUCCCGGGGCCAGGGGAGGGGACAGGUUCUGGCCUGUGCCUCCCCCCUCAUGCCCCGCCCCGGGGCCCAGAUUCUGGCGUCCGGGGGCGGACGGGAGACGCCCGGCCCGUCUACCCGCCCCGGGCCGCGUCUGCUCCGACAGGCGGGGCUGCCAGAGCAAAGAGGGAGAGGGAAGCCCGCCCGGCCUGGGACCUGCCCCGGGCGCUCCACCCUCGAACGCAAGCCUUCAACCUCCUCCCUCAGAUACAGGAGCCCGGGGUCUGGGCCUCUCCUCCCUCAAACCCAGGAGUACAGGUUCCCAGUCUUUGCUCCCUCAGACCCAGGAAUCCGGCCCCCUCCACUCCGUCUUCCCUCAGACUAUGAGCCUGACCUGAGGUCUCUGUGUCCCCCUACCCAAGGUGUUUGCCGACUGGUCCUGGUCAUGCUGAGCCUGUGGCCAGACAGCAUUUUUGCCCCUGGGCCACCUCCUGGACCCCCACGAGCCUCCCCAGAUCCGCGUACUGAGCUGGACAGCGCUGUCCUCCUGACCCGUGCUCUCCUGGCGGACACUCGGCAGCUGGCGGCACAGCUGAGAGACAAAUUCCCAGCCGAUGGAGACCACAGUCUGGACUCCCUGCCCACCUUGGCCAUGAGUGCGGGGGCACUGGGAGCCCUGCAGCUCCCAGGCGUGCUGACGCGGCUGCGGGCCGACUUGCUAUCCUACCUGCGGCAUGUGCAGUGGCUGCGCAGGACAGGUGGACCUUCCCUUCGGACCCUGGAGCCUGAACUGGGCACCCUACAGGCCCGGCUGGACCGGCUCCUGCGCCGGCUACAACUCCUGAUGUCCCGCCUGGCCCUGCCCCAGGCGUCCCCAGAUCCUCCAGCACCCCCACUGGCCCCUCCUGCCUCAGCCUGGGGAGGCAUCAGGGCGGCCCACGCCGUCCUGGGGGGGCUGCACCUCACGCUCGACUGGGCUGUGCGGGGGUUGCUGAUGCUGAGGACUCGGCUGUGACCCCCAAACCCAAAGCCACGAUUGUCCUUCAAAGCCAGAUCUUAUUUAUUUAUUUAUUUUGGGAUUGGGGGCAUGACAGUCAGGACCCCCCAUUACCUCCCCCUAGUUAGAUAUGGUCCCUUAAAGAGACCUGGGAGACGAGCAUCUGUGCCUUAUUUAUACUUAUUUAUUUGAGGAGAGUGGGAUGCAGAGGGACUUCUGGGUUCCUAAGGAGGUGGGAACCGGGCGCCUGGAUUCUUAGGUCUCUAAGAAAUCCAGGCACAGUGUCCUGGCUCCCACCCCUCUGGGCCUGGGCAGGAGCAACUAUUAUUUAUUAUAUAAUGACUUUUUGUUGGGGUGGGAAGGGAGGGGCAAAGGGGUCCUGGGUUUUUGUACAAAAAUGUGAGAAACCUUUGCGAGAAGGGGGAAUUAAAUUUGUUAUACACA